CCGAGAUGCAUUCCACUUCUGCAAGCCUUCAAGGGUAGAACCAUUCGCAUAAAAACUUAUCUAGAAAUUGUACAGAAUAAAAUGGCAAAACUAAUUGUACUUAGUGCAGUGGCUCUUCUAUGGAUUGGAUUCAUAACUGGUCUGCCGGCUCCUGAUGAGGAGAGGUAUCUGGACAAGGAGUACACACGAGAGCUUAUCAGUUGGCUAACAGCAUUGAAUCCAUCUGCAACUAAUCCGUGCCGGUUUUAUCCUAGCGGAAAUAUUAUUGGACCCUUGCCUAAACGCAAUUCAGAGCUGAUCAAUUCAUUGCUGAGCCUCCCAAAAACCAUGAACGAUGCUGGAAAAUAAAAGAACUGAUCUUGACGGAACUGACUGUGUUGCGAUUACGUACAAUGUUAUUGAGAAAAAUGGAAAAACGAAUACAUAUUUAAUCAAAAUGUUACAAUAAAUUAAAGCAUUUGGUGCGAAAGAAA